CUCGGUCCCCGCCCUGAAAUCUUUAAAUACCAACGGUGAACCGUUACACGAGAAUACACACCCAGUGAUGUGCUGACAUUAUCCAUUAUUUUUAUUUAAAGAACGUAUAACUUCACACUUUAGUUUUAUUUGCACCAUGGAGCUAGACAGACGUCUGCUGCUGGCUCACUGCGCGGCUCAUGCCCUCUCUGUGGCGGCCGGUCUACUGGUGGUCGUCCCCAUGGCUCUGAACGGAUCCGCGUUUAAAGGCCGUUGUGCACUCUUCUCCACCGGCUUCUGGAGGACUGAGGAGCAGGCAGAGCUGACGGGGCAGCCGGGAGACGUCUCUCACCUGGUGGUACAACAGUGGGGCCCACCCGCUGCCUGCCAGUUCGCCACAUUUGUUGCUAUUUUCACGGUGCUGUACGGAGCAGCGCAGGGCUGGAGGAGCCUCUUCUAUCUGCACGGACGACAUGAUGACACCCUGUUUUCAUCCUUCCUGACGGUUGUGCUGAGUGUGUGUGUGCUCUUCCUGUCUGGAGGGGCCAGUGUUAUCUUGUCUCUGGGCUUCUACUCCUGGUGCGACACCGUGACUAAUCUCAAUACACGACCAUACAGCUGUGCAGAGUAUCAGUCGGUUCCACUUUACCUGGAUGUGGACACUUCCUCUUUCUACACAGAGCUCAGUCUGGCACAGGCGUCUCUGUGGGGAGUGACGGCUCUGUGGCUGGCUCAGUCCAUCCUGGCGUUCCUGCGGCUCUACCACUCCCACAGCCAGCACAUCACCGGGCCCUGUGGCCCCCGAGAGAAGGAGCUGCUGCUGAGACACAGUCCUUCCGAAAGCGGCUCCCCCACACCUCCGACCUCCGCCACUCCCACCAUCUUUGUCUAACUGAGAGGUAUUGAUACCAGAUGAUGCACUCUGCUGUAAAAAAUAGGUUUUAAAUGUCAUUUCACCCCUUAUCACUACUGCAUGUAGAAUAUGGGCAUGAAAGUGUUAUUAUUUUUGAUAUAAUUCACAUGUCAUCAUCUUAUAUAGUUUAACAGCCUGAGUGAUAAACAGUAUAGCAGUUUAUGUAAGCUGAUAAUAGCAAAAAUGUCAUUCUAGAAAUGCCAAAGAAUUGUUUCAGGUAAUUUAAAACAGAGUGGAUGGCAGACUUCAUUAUAAACUAUAAGAUGUUGAGAAUCACUAAAACACUACAACUUCAGUUUCUGCCUUUUAUGUUUGACUAAAUUUGAGCCACAGACCAAGCAUCUAUUUUUUUGUUAUCAUAAAUACCAAUUCAUCCUUAAAAAAUUAAUAUUUCCAAAAUCCUCAAAGACUCUUUUAACCAUUUGGCUGAAAACAAAUCCGUCCACUGCACACAUGCUCAUGUCAUUUUAGAGUGCAAUUGAGAGUAACCAAAUGGAGAAAAACACCUCCAAGUUGUAAUUUUUAGACAUUUACAGCAUUUAAAUCCAGCUUCGGUGAAAAUAACUACAGAAGAUUGAAAACUGUCAGUACAAGUGUUAGGGAAACCUUAUUUAACAUAUAACCUUAUUUAAUAGUUUAUGUUACAAAUUAUCUGCUGUGAUGAGAACAAUACAGGUACAGUUAGCAUUUUGAGUACACACCAAUUAUGUGUAAUGUAUCUGUACAUACACUACAGGUGUUUGCCACUUUUCCUUUUGAAAGGGAGCCCUCAAUAAAAGGAGAAAAACACGAUCUGGUAAUAAGUCACACAGAGGCCUUCCCGUGUUUUGCAUAUGCGACCUGUGAGGGAGGCCAGUGAUUGUAACAUGGUACUUAAUAUUUAACACAACAAAAGCAACUUAAUUAGGCUAAUAAUUUCAGAAUAAUGUGUGAAAAACAUCAUUUUCUUGUUCCCAAAUGGCCCAAAUUAAAUAAAUGCAGCAUUGCAUAAUGUAUUUUCUAUCUUGCUUUGUAAUGCAUGACAAAAUAUCUCUUUAGAAUGACUUACAUGUGUCAUUUCCAGCUACAUGUUUUUGUUUUUAUCUUGCAACAAUAUUUUUGUUCACCUAUAUGGUUAAAAGAGUCUCAAAUAGGUUUGAAAAUGCCCACCUAACAAUACUUAACGUUGUUAAACAAUCUGAGAAAUGUUUUUUUUCUCGUUCCUGUGUGAAAGGGAUACAGGAUAGCCACUAACUGACACGUCAAGUAAAAUGGGAUUUUAUAGAACAAAAAAGACACACUCAUUAGAAUAGUUAUAUCAAAUGUAUUCAAGGAUAUAUUAAUCACAGUGUCAAAAUAUCUGUGUCAUUUGAUGGUGCAUUAUUAAUGCAAUAUAGUACAUACAAAUCCCUGACGCACCACCAGCUACCAGAUGGUGUUUGUCCUUCAGUCUUUGUUAAAUAUAUUCAAUAUGCAUGGUUGUUUACAUUUCCUCUGGAGUCUGACAUUUUGCACAGUUGUGUCCUCGUCAGGGACAAUACACUUUGUCUGUUCUGAGUGUAAUAUUCAGAUGUAGCACUGAGGCGCUUUUAUUGUGAAGAAGCAUGUGGUGAGUGUGACGGAGCCACCGAGUACCAGGCUCACUGUGUGAGCAUGACCCAAAUGUUCUGUUGUGUAACGGAGAAAUCACUGCUGAACCCUCUCUCUUCUUGUGACGAUUUCUAUCAUGAUGCUGUUUGUAAGGACGUUGCCGCUGUCAGGACAUUAAUGGAGCAGUCAAAUCAUUGACGAGUAAAGAAGAUACUAACUUUGCUGAGUGUCUAAAACAAAUGAUUCAAAGUUCUUUGUAAACUUCUCUCCUAUUAUCGUCCACCAAGUGGCUGUAAUGAAACACAGAUAGCGGAGAAAGAAAUCUGAAGUACAGAGAGAAGAAGUUUAAUUGUAAUAUAUGAAAUGUUUUUGUAUUAUAACUGAAAAUUGUGUUGCUUUUUUACCUGUUUGUGUUUGUUGAAUAAAAAGCUUCCC